CACACACACACACACACACACACACACACACACUGGACAGAUGGAGGAUCCACAGCGAACAUCUGAACCCAUCAACUUUGUGCAUCAGGAUGAAAUCUGGAAAGCACAUAUAAAAGUUGAGAAGGAUUCGGCCGCAGUUUGGCCCAACAAGUGGGGCUCCCUGACCGAGGUCUACAAGGAGUACCAGAAGGAGAGUGUGAAGCUGAAGGAGGUCGUCAGACUGGAGCCCCCCGGUGACCCGGCAGCACGACCUCUGACCCCUCCAGACAAAUUAAUCCAGGUUGCACCCUCUCCUCCAGUUCCUCAGACAACUCAGGCCCUGAUUGGUUGGCGCUCCAGUCACUCACAUCUUCAGCUGGAAAAGUAUGCCACGGUGCAUCAUGGGAGGCGUAGUUUUCUGAAGGAGCUGGGCUGGCCUUGUGACGCUUGCAGCUGACUAAUGAAUGAAUAACGAUUAACUGCCUCAGUGAGAUAUGAGGAUGUAGCAUUAAAUAAAGACAUACAUUAAAUCACAAGAUUACAUCUAUUUUUAAAAAAGCAUUUCAGAUGUAUUAGCGAUGGAAAUGUUAUUUCAUGUCCCUCCACAAC